CCUUCAGUGGUCGCGGGGUCGCCAGAGCUCUGAUUGCUGGGAACCCUCGCCGCCGCCGCCGCCGUCCUGCGACCCCGGGCAGAAUGGAAGAUCCACUAGGGCAGGAGCCUUGUCUUGUUUACAGGUCCAGAACUUAGACUGGUUCCCACGUAGUAGGUGCUCAAGAAAUACUUGUUGACUAAGAUACGCCUUUAUGGUAGAGGCUCACCAGGGAAAUACACCACAAAAACAAAAUACUGCAGCAUCAGCGGCAAGUAAGAAGCCCAGGUAUAGACACGUGCGGCCAUCUACACUGUAGGAUCCCGCUUCCACCGGCUUUGGACGUUGCGGGGAUUUGCAAUGCCACCGCCUGCGGACAUCGUCAAGGUGGCCAUAGAAUGGCCGGGUGCCUACCCCAAGCUCAUGGAAAUUGACCAGAAAAAACCACUGUCUGCAAUAAUAAAGGAAGUCUGUGAUGGGUGGUCCCUUGCCAACCAUGAAUACUUUGCACUGCAGCACGCUGAUAGUUCAAACUUCUAUAUCACAGAAAAGAAUCGCAAUGAAAUAAAAAAUGGCACUAUCCUUCGAUUAACCACAUCUCCAGCUCAAAACGCCCACCAGCUCCAUGAACGAAUCCAGUCGUCGAGUAUGGACGCCAAGCUGGAGGCCCUGAAGGACUUGGCCAGCCUCUCCCGGGAUGUCACGUUUGCCCAGGAGUUUAUCAAUCUGGAUGGCAUCUCUCUCCUCACGCAGAUGGUUGAAAGCGGCACUGAACGAUACCAGAAAUUGCAGAAGAUCAUGAAGCCUUGCUUUGGAGACAUGCUGUCCUUCACCCUGACGGCCUUUGUGGAGCUGAUGGACCACGGAAUAGUGUCCUGGGAUACGUUUUCGGUGGCAUUCAUCAAGAAGAUAGCAAGUUUUGUCAACAAGUCAGCCAUAGACGUCUCCAUCCUGCAGCGGUCCUUGGCCAUUCUGGAGUCCAUGGUGCUCAACAGCCAUGACCUCUACCAGAAGGUGGCGCAAGAGAUCACUAUCGGCCAACUCAUUCCCCAUCUUCAAGGGACAGAUCAAGAAAUCCAAACCUAUACCAUUGCGGUGAUUAAUGCACUUUUCCUGAAGGCUCCUGAUGAGAAGAGGCAGGAGAUGGCGAAUAUUUUGGCUCAGAAGCAACUGCGUUCCAUCAUCUUAACACAUGUCAUCCGAGCUCAGCGGGCCAUCAACAAUGAAAUGGCACACCAGCUGUACGUGCUGCAGGUGCUAACCUUUAACCUUUUGGAAGACAGGAUGAUGACUAAGAUGGAUCCCCAGGACCAGGCUCAGCGGGACAUCAUAUUUGAACUUCGAAGAAUUGCUUUUGAUGCAGAGUCUGAACCAAAUAACAGCAGCGGCAGCAUGGAGAAGCGCAAGUCCAUGUACACCCGGGAUUAUAAAAAACUUGGCUUCAUUAAUCAUGUCAACCCUGCCAUGGACUUUACCCAGACACCUCCUGGGAUGUUAGCUCUGGACAAUAUGCUCUACUUUGCCAAGCACCACCAGGAUGCCUACAUUCGGAUUGUGCUUGAGAACAGUAGCCGAGAAGAUAAGCAUGAAUGUCCCUUUGGCCGCAGUAGUAUAGAGCUGACCAAGAUGCUGUGUGAGAUCUUGAAAGUGGGCGAGCUGCCUAGUGAGACCUGCAACGAUUUCCACCCGAUGUUCUUCACCCACGACAGAUCCUUCGAGGAGUUUUUCUGCAUCUGUAUCCAGCUCCUGAACAAGACAUGGAAGGAAAUGAGGGCAACCUCUGAAGACUUCAACAAGGUAAUGCAGGUGGUGAAGGAGCAGGUUAUGAGAGCUCUUACAACCAAGCCUAGCUCCCUGGACCAGUUCAAGAGCAAACUGCAGAACCUGAGCUACACCGAGAUCCUGAAAAUCCGCCAGUCUGAGAGGAUGAACCAGGAAGACUUCCAGUCUCGCCCGAUUUUGGAACUAAAGGAGAAGAUUCAGCCAGAAAUCUUGGAGUUGAUCAAACAACAACGCCUGAACCGCCUCGUGGAAGGGACCUGCUUUAGGAAACUCAACUGCCGGCGGAGGCAAGACAAGUUUUGGUAUUGUCGGCUUUCACCAAACCACAAGGUCCUGCAUUAUGGAGACUUGGAAGAAAGUCCUCAGGGAGAAGUGCCCCACGAUUCCUUGCAGGACAAACUGCCGGUGGCAGAUAUCAAAGCUGUGGUGACGGGAAAGGACUGCCCUCAUAUGAAAGAGAAAGGUGCCCUUAAACAAAACAAGGAGGUGCUUGAACUUGCUUUCUCGAUCCUGUAUGACUCAAACUGCCAGCUGAACUUCAUAGCUCCUGACAAGCAUGAGUACUGUAUCUGGACAGAUGGGCUGAAUGCGCUGCUGGGGAAAGAUAUGAUGAGUGACCUGACGAGGAAUGACUUGGACACGCUGCUCAGCAUGGAAAUCAAGCUCCGCCUCCUGGACCUGGAAAACAUUCAGAUCCCCGACGCACCUCCACCCAUCCCCAAGGAGCCCAGCAACUAUGACUUUGUCUAUGACUGUAACUGAAGCGCCCGGGCCCCAGAAGCUCCCCCUCCAAAACUGGAAGAGCUAGCUAACAGGAGAGAAGAAUGAAAACGCUCCCAUGCCUUGGAAUCCGCUGUGGUAGAGGAAAGCUGUGGUCCACAUUUCCUUUGGCCCCAACGCCUCUAGCCCCGGCGUCUUCCUGCCCCUCCCUGGCAUCCUGCUCACCGCCCUGAUUCUGUUUCUAGACUCCGAUGCUUUAGGUCACCUCCCGUUGCUGCAGCCUAAGGUGGGAGAAAAGCAAAACCCACCGCCAGUAAGAGAGCCAGAGGGCCCUUCCAUCUUCAUCCCAGCAGGCAAGCCCUCCCCUCCUGGCGGCUGAAAGCCAGCAGCACCAGACCGCCCCCAAACCUACAGCCAGACCCAGGGGUGUGCCCGAGGCCUGUGUCUGGAAGAAACAGUCUAGUUACUUGAGAAGACCAAACACCUCCUCGUUCCCCUGCUCUCUAGAGUCCGCUCACACCACCAGUUCCAUGUGAAUUGAAAUCUGCUUCCAAGCCCCUCCCUCCCGUGUCCCGGCCUUUGCCUGCCCUGUCCCUCUCUGGUCCCAAGAGCAACAGCAGAAGCUUCUUCCUAGUUCUUCCCAGGGCUGGGUCUCCAGACACAGUCCGUGGGUCCCAUGGCCACUUCACGUCUGCCCUGUGACUGUGACCACCCUUCCUGCCUCCCAGCUAGUCUUGGCUUUCCUCUCCCCGCCCCAGCCCAGACCUGCCCUCUUCAUUGCCGCACACCCUUCCAGCGCCUUAGCUGAAAGCACAAAUGGUGAAACCAGUCCCCUUGCUCCAUCUCUAAUGUACUAAAUCUAAAAGCCCCGAUGAGAGGCAGUUGCUUAUCGAAGGGUUUGGUGGUCCUUCUCCUGGUGGUUCUGCUGAGCACAGGUUUCCACAGGAUGGUCAAGUAUCCAAGUUUACAUCAUUGUAAUUAUUACAGGUAUUGACAGUUUGCAAGGGUUCAGGGUUGUUGGUUUGGGGGGGGGGAGUGGGUUAUGUUUUUUUGGUUAUUUUUUUUCUUUGCUUUGUUUUUGUACAAAAGAGUCUAACAUUUUUUGCCAAACAGAUAUAUAUUUAAUGAAAAGAAAAGAUACAUAAAGGUGUGUACUUUCCAAGGUUUUUUUUUUUUAAUUAUUUGAAUCCUAAACCUCUUCCUGAGAAUAACAUUCCCCUAAACAUGCUGUGGAAUAAAAUUAAUUGUGAUGA